GAUGGCUCUUGCUCACCAGAGCCUCACAAAGAUAAUCGCUCAGGAAGUGUUUCAGCCAAUCCCGGGCGGCCUUACACUCCGAUUUGCCGGCGCAGCCAAUCGGGGAUGAGCUUUUAUUAGGCGGCCAGAUCAUCAAGCCGAAGUGCCAAACCCUUUUUCUGUGAGAACUAGGAGCCUGUCCUCCAUGUUUUAUAAGUAUUGACAUUACACAGUGUUAACAAUGCAUCCACAGAGCUUGGCUGAAGAGGAAAUAAAAACAGAACAGGAGGUGGUAGAGGGCAUGGAUAUCUCUACUCGCUCCAAAGAUCCUGGCUCCACAGAGAGAACAGCCCAGAAAAGAAAGUUCCCCAGUCCUCCACAUUCUUCCAAUGGCCACUCGCCACAGGACACAUCAACAAGCCCCAUUAAAAAGAAAAAGAAACCUGGCUUACUGAACAAUAACAAUAAGGAACAGGACGGACGAAAUGAUUUCUACUGCUGGGUUUGUCACCGGGAAGGCCAAGUCCUUUGCUGUGAGCUCUGUCCCCGGGUUUAUCACGCUAAGUGUCUGAGACUGACAUCGGAACCAGAGGGGGACUGGUUUUGUCCUGAAUGUGAGAAGAUUACAGUAGCAGAAUGCAUCGAGACCCAGAGUAAAGCCAUGACAAUGCUCACCAUCGAACAGUUAUCCUACCUGCUCAAGUUUGCCAUUCAGAAAAUGAAGCAGCCAGGGACAGAUGCAUUCCAGAAGCCUGUUCCAUUGGAACAGCAUCCUGACUACGCGGAAUACAUCUUCCAUCCUAUGGACCUUUGUACAUUGGAAAAGAAUGCUAAAAAGAAAAUGUAUGGCUGCACAGAAGCCUUCUUGGCUGAUGCAAAAUGGAUUUUGCACAACUGCAUCAUUUAUAAUGGGGGAAAUCACAAAUUGACACAAAUAGCGAAAGUAGUCAUCAAAAUCUGUGAGCAUGAGAUGAAUGAAAUCGAAGUAUGUCCAGAAUGUUAUCUAGCUGCUUGCCAAAAACGAGAUAACUGGUUUUGUGAGCCUUGUAGCAAUCCACAUCCUUUGGUCUGGGCAAAACUGAAGGGGUUUCCAUUCUGGCCUGCAAAAGCCCUGAGGGAUAAAGAUGGGCAGGUUGAUGCCCGUUUCUUUGGACAACAUGACAGGGCCUGGGUUCCAAUAAAUAAUUGCUACCUCAUGUCUAAAGAAAUUCCUUUUUCUGUGAAAAAGACGAAGAGCAUCUUCAACAGUGCAAUGCAAGAGAUGGAGGUUUACGUGGAGAACAUCCGGCGGAAGUUCGGGGUUUUUAAUUACUCUCCGUUCAGGACACCCUACACGCCCAAUAGCCAGUACCAGAUGCUGCUCGAUCCCGCCAACCCCAGUGCUGGCGCCGCCAAGGUAGACAAACAGGAGAAGGUCAAGCUCAACUUCGACAUGACGGCAUCCCCCAAGAUUCUGAUGAGCAAGCCCAUGCUGAGCGGGGGCUCGGGCCGCAGGAUCUCCUUGUCGGAUAUGCCGCGCUCCCCCAUGAGUACAAACUCUUCGGUGCACACGGGCUCCGACGUGGAGCAGGAUGCCGAGAAGAAGGCCACGUCGAGCCACUUCAGUGCCAGUGAGGAGUCCAUGGACUUCCUGGACAAGAGCACAGCUUCACCGACUUCUACAAAGAUGGGACAAGCAGGGAGUCUAUCCGGCAGCCCGAAACCAUUCUCUCCGCAGGCGCCAGCGCCAGCCCCCACGAAGGCGGACAAGACGCCCACCACCGGGAGCAUCCUCAAUCUUAACCUGGACCGGAGCAAGGCCGAGAUGGACCUGAAGGAGCUGAGCGAGUCGGUCCAGCAGCAGUCUGCCCCCGUUCCUCUCAUCUCUCCCAAGCGGCAGAUCCGCAGCAGGUUCCAGCUCAAUCUCGACAAGACGAUAGAGAGUUGCAAAGCACAAUUAGGCAUAAAUGAAAUCUCAGAAGAUGUUUAUACGGCCGUAGAGCACAGCGAUUCGGAGGAUUCCGAGAAGUCAGACAGUAGCGAUAGCGAAUAUAUCAGUGAUGACGAGCAGAAGUCCAAGAAUGAGCCAGAGGAUGCGGAAGACAAAGAGGGUGGUCGGAUGGACAAAGAGCCAUCUGCUGUCAAAAAAAAGCCCAAACUGGCAAACCCAGUGGAGACUAAAGAGGAGCUGAAAAGCACAUCUCCAACCGGUGAGAAAGCGGAUCCAGGCUCAGUCAAAGAAAAGGCAAGUCCCCAGCCUGAGAAGGACUUUGCGGAAAAAGCAAAACCCUCACCUCAUCCCACAAAGGAUAAACUGAAGGGAAAAGAUGAGAUGGAUUCCCCAACAGUACAUUUGGGCCUGGACUCCGAUUCAGAGAGUGAACUUGUCAUAGAUUUAGGAGAAGACCAUUCUGGGCGGGAGGGUCGAAAAAAUAAGAAGGAGCCCAAAGAGCCAUCUCCCAAGCAGGAUGCUGUCCAGCAGAAGGAGAUCACACAGAGCCCGUCCACCUCCACCAUCACCCUGGUGACCAGCACUCAGUCGUCACCCCUGGUCACCAGCUCAGGGACCACGAGCAGCCUCGCAUCCUCAGUCAGCGCCGACCUGCCCAUCGCCACCGCCUCGGCAGAUGUUGCCGCGGACAUUGCCAAGUACACUAGCAAAAUGAUGGAUGCAAUAAAAGGAACCAUGACAGAAAUAUACAAUGAUCUUUCUAAAAACACUACUGGAAGCACAAUAGCUGAGAUUCGAAGGCUGAGGAUCGAGAUAGAGAAGCUUCAGUGGCUGCACCAGCAAGAGCUCUCUGAGAUGAAACACAACUUGGAGCUGACCAUGGCCGAGAUGCGGCAGAGCCUGGAGCAGGAGCGGGACCGGCUCAUCGCCGAGGUGAAGAAGCAGCUGGAGCUGGAGAAGCAGCAGGCGGUGGAUGAGACUAAGAAGAAACAGUGGUGCGCCAACUGCAAGAAGGAGGCCAUUUUCUACUGCUGCUGGAACACCAGCUAUUGUGACUACCCCUGCCAGCAGGCCCACUGGCCUGAGCACAUGAAGUCCUGCACUCAGUCAGCUACUGCGCCUCAGCAGGAAGCAGACAGCGAGGUGAGCUCGGAAACACUAAACAAGUCAUCCCAGGGGAGCUCCUCCAGCACACAGCCAGCCUCUUCGGAAACAGCCAGCGCCUCGAAAGAGAAGGAGACGACAGCCGAGAAAAGCAAGGACAGUGGCUCCACCCUCGACCUUUCUGGCUCCAGGGAGACGCCCUCCUCCAUUCUCUUAGGCUCCAACCAAGGCUCGGACCAUUCCCGGAGCAGUAAAUCCAGCAGCUGGAGUAGCGACGAGAAGCGAGGAUCUGCACGUUCUGAGCACAACGGCAGCACCAGCUCGAAGAGUCUCAUCCCGAAAGAGUCUCGGCUGGACACCUUCUGGGACUAGGGACAAAUGGCGACAUAAGCCUCCCACCCCAUGGAGGAAAAAAAAACCAGACACCAAGAAAACAGGAAACAGCAAAGAAACAUGAGAUGGGAGAACCACCACCUGCAGACUUGAGAACUCCACACCUUCGGACUUGGCCUUUGCCCCUGGCGCCAGGAGCAGCCCACACUACAUAGUGUCCAGCAUUAGCUUUGACUGAGGAUUCUUCCACCUACAUGAAAUCUAUGCUUUAGAUGUAAAUAAUGUACAAUUUGUGGAUGUCAUUGAACCUAGAGUACCUUCCCCUUUUUAUAUUUGUAUUGACUUUAACUUAUAAAAAAAAAAAGAAAAAGAAAAAGAAAAACAAAACCCAACCAGAAACAUUUUGGUGUUGGAGGAGGGACGGUCAGGCAGCCCACAUGUCACACCGUGGCGUGGGGACUGGGCCCAGCGAUGCUGUUGCACCCAGGCCCUCGUCCUUGAAUGCCCAGGGGAGAGUGAGCCGUUUGCAUUCAUAUGUCUGUACUCCGUACAUUAGGUUCAGGAGUUUCGGCACAGAGCCUGUGCUGUCGUGGGCACAUCACGUCAAGUCAGUGGCCCCUUUCAAAUGCUACGUUACUCUGUUAAUAAAUGUAAGUUCUCUGGAUCAGAAGGACACAUGGAGAAGCUAGUUUAUUUUGUGGGAUUUCAAAGAUGACUCUACUCCUAAAAGGGAAAAAAAAUAAGGUCCUUGUUUACAGAAGAUAAACUGAAGCUCCGCUCAGCUGAGUUGCAGAAGAGAAGAACCCAGAGAGCGUCGGUCAGAAGCUCUGCAACAGAGAGAGAAGCCUUUGCUUUGCUUUGUGGUUCCUUUAAACACACUCACACAUACUUGGUAAUCGAUACUGUGCUUCGUGGAGGCAGGAUGCACGCAGAGGACACUGGAGUCUGGGAUGAAGCAUGUAUGUAUUAUUUAUAUGAUGGAAUUUUACGUUUUUAUGUAAGCAUGAAACAAAGGCAGUAUGAGAGAAAAGACAGCCGCCGUGCUGUCUGUCACACUACAUAUGCUGUAGUACCACUUUGUAUGUUGUGUAAAACAAAAAGCAUUGAAUGAAGCAAAAGGUGAUGUAUGUAUAUGAGAAAAUUAACUGUACGAUACCAUUCCAGUACAUUCUGUUGUACAUUUUAGUCUUGUUUACUUUCUCUUCAUUGUUGAUAAGAGAAUGCGAACUGUACAGUUUCCAGCUAGUUACCCAUAUUAGAGAAGAAAUAGAGAGGGUAUUAGAAGAAAACAGGAGAGGAAGAACAUUUGUGAAAAUUGCAGUUGUCAAAAAAAAAAAUAGCCUAGCUGGCCUUAUUUGUGAAGCAUAAUUGCUUUUAGCAUAUGGAAGUAUUUUUUCACAUUUUCUUUGUAUAAAAUUUGUAUUAAACUUAAAUAUCUUUUUUGA